AUGCCGAAGAGACGGAAGGCUGAUGAUGAGGUCGAAGAUGAUGGUCCUACACCACGGAAGAGCGUACGAAGAAGUGCUAGGACCGCUGCCGAAGAAAGCCAAAGUCCCGCGGAAACAGCUUCGCGACGGAAAGGCAUACUGAAGCAUGCGACCCCAUCGAAGGCGAAUGGCUUGAAGAGUGUUGAGGCGACCCCCAGUGCUAUGCGGAAGGUCCUCUUCGCGACACCCAAAGCCGACAAGGAGGAUAUCAACGGCGAUGAUGAAGACACCCCGAUUGCAGCACGCAACGAUCGAUCAGCUCGUAGAAAGAGAGGCCGAAUCUUGCAGCAGCAGAUAGUAGAGGUGGAUGAUAGCGAUGGAGAGGCUGACGAGAGGGACGCAGCCGUUGCGCAAGCGAUCCUGGGUGGAGAAGACGAAGAGGAAGACGAAGACGAGAUCGAGCUGAACCCAUCAUCAGCACCAGACACACCUUCGAAGACAGGACGACCACGAGGGCGACCGAAAGGCAAACGGCGCGAGCGAACACCCAGCCCACCACCGAAUCUGCCCUCCCAUGAGCUGUACUUCUUGCAGAACAAAGCAGGUGCGAACAAGACAUCAGCCAAUACCUUGCCGUCCCAGCUACUGCUGAGCCAUGAAGACUACUUUGCUCAGAUCGCUGCGUACAAGGACCCACAUACCGCAGACAUCGAACGACUGAAGCAAUUGCAUAAGCCUGCCUUUGAUCAAUGGGUGUUUGAGCUCGAAGAAGGCUUCAACAUCUGCCUGUACGGCUAUGGUUCGAAGCGGAAGCUACUUCUGGACUUUGCGACGCAUGUCUACCAUCAAUCAACGGAGGCUCCGAAGAUGAUCAUCGUCAAUGGCUACACUCCGAAUCUGACCAUCAGAGACAUCCUGACUACUGUCGCUGGCGCCACUCUCCCGAAGAACACCAAGCUCCCAGCACAACCUCAAGCACUCCUGGAGCUCCUGCUAGCAGAGAUGACCAGCCCAAUAACAAUCAUGAUCCACUCACUGGACCGCUCCAAUCUCCGCAAGUCCUCGACCCAGUCCAUCCUGGCCUCCCUAGCAGCUCAUCCCCACAUCUCCCUCGUCGCCACUUGCGACACUCCCAACUUUCCCCUCCUCUGGCCCACCGCCCUCACAACCCAAUUCCGCUUCCUCUUCCACGACGCCACCACCUUCGAACCCUACACAGCAGAACUUGAAGUCGUCGAAGACGUCAACGCCCUCCUAGGCCGAAGCUCACGACGUCUAGGCGGCAAGGACGGCGUCGGCUACGUCCUGAAAUCCCUCCCCGAAAACGCCCGUCGCCUCUUCGCAAUCCUAGUCGCAGAGCAAAUGGCCCUCGCCGACACGGAGCUCGACGCCGGCGGUGCUGCAGCACUCGAUUCCGACAACGAUGACGAUAUCCUACGCGCUGAAGACGAGGAGGAAGCUGCUGCCGAGACUCCGUCGAGGAAACCUAGACGAGGUCGGCCAGCGAAGAAAAAUAAGACGGUUGAGAAGACGGCAAAGAAGCAGCAGGUGGUCGUGACGGGGGUGGAGUAUAGAACUCUGUACCAUAAGGCUGUGGAGGAGUUUGUAUGCUCGAGUGAGGUGAAUUUCAGGACGCUAUUGAAGGAGUUCCACGAUCAUCAGAUGAUUGAGUCGAGGAAGGACCCCAUGGGGACGGAGAGGUUGGUUGUGCCGUUUAGGAGGGAGGAGCUGGAGGCGAUUCUGGAGGAGUUGGUUUAG